AUGUUAAUAGUUCUUUUAUAUGGUGGUUAUAUAUUCUAUACUUUGAAUCAAAUUUAUUUAUAUCAAUUAAUAUUUACAAUACCAUUAUUUAUAUCAUAUUGUCUAUCAAAAUUGGCUAUAAUAAUUGCUUGUGUAUUUAUUAGCCGUCAACAACAAAUAAAUUGGUAUAAUAUUUUAGCAGCAAUGACAUUGAUAAGUUUAUUUAUUCUAAUGAUUGGUAUGAAUUCACGUAUUGCAAUUCUACCAAAAUUCAAUGAUAAAUGUGGUCAAUUUAUUUUGAAUGGUUUGGCACGUUCACAAUGGGAACGUUUUCGUUCCAAUGAUAAUCAAAAUUCAUUGAAAAAUUGUUUAUUAUGGAGACAUUGGAUUAAAUCAAAUCUUUUCGUACAAACAAUGACCGAAAAUCAAUUUGCAUGUAUAAAUCAUACUGUUAGUAUUGUAUUGUUCUAUAUGGAAAUGUUAUCAAAAUUUGCAAUCGUAAUUUCCUGUAUAUUUUUAAGUCGACAAUAUCGAUUGAAUUGGUUUAGUGCAGCAUCAUUAAUGGCUAUAAUGGGAAUAUUUUUCCUUAUGGUUGGCAUGAAUUUACGUAUUGCAAUUCUACCAAAAUAUGAUGAUAAAUGUGGUCAAUUUAUACUUUAUGGUUUGGCACGUUCACAAUGGAAACGUUUUCGUUCAAUCGAUUAUAAAUCAAUAAAAAAAUGUUUAUUAUGGAGACAUUGGAUUAAAUCAAAUCUUUUUGUACAAACAAUGACUGAAAAUCAAUUUGAUGUACAACGUCUUGAUUAUGUACUAAUUCAAACAAUUAUUAUGUUCAUAUUGCUUGAAUAUAUGUGUUUAAUAAAUAUGGCAAUUGCUUGUAUUUAUUUUGCCUGUUAUCUUUAUUUGAUCGUUUAUGUACGUCAUAUUAUAUUCAUAUUAUGUCAAUUAUUUGUAUCGAUAAAUUUUCUGGUAUUUUUAAUCGAAUAUCUUAUCAUUAGAUUUCGACAAUUAUGUCAAUUAUCAAAAGAAUUAGAAAUACGAAACAGAAUAUUUUUUUGGAAACAAUUUCAUUAUAAAUAUAUAAAAUUAUAUCAUGAAACAUAUCAAUUAAAUGGUACGGUACAAACAGUUUUAUUUAUUAUUGGUAUUAUAUCCAAAUCAGCAGCAAUUAUAGCAUUAAUAUUUUAUAGCCGUCAAGAAAAAAUUGGUAUACAUAAUACAUUGGCUAUUAUUAAUUUAGCAUUCAUAUCAAUUUAUUCAAAUAUUUUAUUUAUACGUGUAUCAAGAAUGCCUACAUUAAAUCAACAAUGUACAAAAUCAUUAACGAAAUGGUUGAUCAUUUCGUUAAAAUGA